UACUGCCAAUCGAUCAGUCUGUUUCCAUCGUACGUCGUGUUCGGUCGUUAAAUAUCAAUUGAAAUACGUGUCGUGCAGAACCGAGUAGAUAAUCCUUGGAAUAUUUAAAGUAAUAUUUUCUGAAUUAUUCUGAGCAAAGUUUUCGAAAUACAUACACUAGUGAAUAAAAAGCAACCGGAACUACGGAUAAAGUAGAUUACGAUGGCUCCGAAAGAUGAUGCCGAGGUUACCGCACUGAAGAAAGAGCUCAACGACCUGGUGACAAAAAUUAAGGAGGAACAGAAGAAAGCAGCGGAUUGUACGUUGUCGGAGAAAUGUGCGGACAUGGGCGACGCAGCGAAGGUGCGCAUUACCACGAAAAAGUUCCUCAAGGGUCAUAUCAACAAGGUCAACUCUGUGCACUUUGCUGCGGACUCGCGACACUGCGUUACGGGAUCGCUGGACGGUAAACUGAUCAUCUGGGACACCUGGACUGGCAACAAGGUGCAAGUCAUCCCGCUACGAUCGGCAUGGGUCAUGAGUGUGGCAUUUGCUGAUUCUGGUAAUUUUGUCGCUUGCGGAGGUAUGGACAAUAUGUGCACCGUAUACGACUUAAAUAACCGAGAUGCGCAAGGGAACGCGAAAAUUGUUCGUGAACUUGCCGGUUAUGAGGGUUUUCUUAGUUCGUGUCGGUUUCUGGACGACACACAUGUGUUGACCGGAUCGGGCGAUAUGAAAAUCUGCGUGUGGGAUCUACAGGUUGGCAAGAAAACAUCCGAAUUCGAUGCCCACGCUGGGGAUGUUGUUUCGAUCUCGCUCAGUCCAGAUAAGAAUACUUACGUGACCGGAUCGGUUGAUCGUACCUGCAAGCUGUGGGAUGUGCGAGACUCAAAACCGAAGCAGACCUUCUUCGGUCACGAGGCGGAUGUAAAUAGUGUUUGUUAUCACCCAAGUGGAUUUGGAUUUGCCACCGGAUCGGAGGACAAAACGGCCAGACUGUUUGAUUUCCGAUCCGACCAGCAGAUUGGACAUUUCGAACCACCAAACAAGAGCAGUGGUUUUACUUCGUGCGCUUUAUCACUGAGCGGUCGAUACAUCCUGUGCGGUUCUGAUGAUAACAAUGUUCACAUUUGGGACACGAUGAAGGGUCAACAUAAUGGAGUGUUGAGUGGCCACGAGAACCGCAUCACAUCAAUCUGUAUGGCUCCGAACGGAAUGGCGCUGGCAUCCUGCAGCUGGGAUCAGCACGUGCGUGUCUGGGUCUAACAGUGUCCAUUUUGUUUCAGAGAAUGAGGAUAAAACUAAAAAUGUAAUAAUUACGGUUUUGUUUUUUAUAUAUUUUUGUAGCAACCAUUGAGUAUUUGUUCACAACAUAAUGCUAUAGUAGUUUAAGAUUGAGCUUAAAUCUUUUCGUAAGGUGAAGCAAUAAAAAACUAUCGUUUAAAUCGA